AUGCCUCCGACUCCAGACACCCCGACCCCGGACGCCAACCCGGGUCCAUCGCCCUUCCUUAGCACCAUGCCCCCCUCGACCUUCACCUGGCAGAUCACCCUAUCAGAUAAAGUCAUCGCCAUCACCGGCGCCAACCGCGGCAUCGGCCUCGGUAUCGCGGAGGUGUGCUUCGCCAACUCCGCCCAGUUCGUCUACUCCCUGGAUCGGAUGCAGCCGGGCGAGGAGACCAUCGCGCUGCAGACCCGGUUCCCGAAUUUCCGGUUCAUCCAGACGGAUGUCACUUCGGAGGAGAGUAUCGAGAAGGCGAUCAAUCAGAUUGUCCACGAGACGGGGCGCAUUGAUGGCCUGGUGGCUAAUGCGGGCAUGACGAAGCACCAGCCCGCGAUGGAGUUCGAUAGACCGGAGUUGGAGCAGAUGUUUAAUCUUAAUGUGUUCGGAUCGUAUUUCUGUGCGCAGAUCGUGGCGCGCAAGUUUAUUGAGCUGGGCAUCAAGGGGUCUAUUGUGAUGACUGCGAGUAUGACGUCCUACCGUCCGAAUCGCGUAAGCCGCCCCCUCCGCCCCUACGGCGCCACCAAAGCCGCAAUCCGAAACAUGUGCCACACCCUCGCCAUGGAAUGGAGCAAGCACGGCAUCCGCGUCAACAGCAUCUCGCCGGGCUUCGUCCGCACCGCAAUGACAUACUACGUCGAGACGUCGCCCGACUGGGCCACCAAGAUGGAAAAUUACGGCGGUAUGCCCCGUCUUGCGGAUCCGAGGGAGCUGGGCGGCGCGUAUGUGUAUUUGUUGAGUGAUGCGAGCUCGUAUACCACUGGGAUUGAUAUUCCUGUUGCUGGGGUUGUGGGGGCUUGGUGA